CAGCAACAUCCAAACUGUCUCUUAAAGAAGUCAGCGCUGAAGUGUCAAGAAAGAACUCCGUCAACUAAACCAGCUUUAGAAAACUGACUGAGGUAUAUCAAAUCUAAAAUUUAAAAAAACAACAACCUCAACACUCAAAAGAUGGCACCCAAGAAGAAGGCCCCCCGUCAAAAGAAGGCUGCCGUGGAGACCAACCCUGAGGUCACCAUGGAUACCUCCCCCAUCCAGCUGAAGGUGGAGAGCCGCGGUGACGGCGUGGUGGUGGUGGAGACCGGGGUGCAGAAGAUCGAGCAGAUGGCGGCGCUGGACAUCGCUAAGCUGAACAGCCUCAACCUGCCGCUGCCUCUGCCGCCGCCUGUCCUCAAGCCCGGAGAGAGAGGCCUCGGCCUGGGCAGCGAGCUGACGCGACCCCUGCACGGAAACGCUCUGCUGGAGGAGCUCAGCAAGAUGAGACAGGAGAAGUUCCUGACUGACCUGGAGUUGGCCUGUAAGACGAAAGCCUUCGACGUCCACAAGCUGGUCAUCUCCUCCGUCAGUCAGUACUUCAGGGAGAUUCUGGCCAAAGACCCCGGCAUGAAACGUCUGGAGCUCCCCUCCCUCUCACCUCUGGGUCUGGCCAACGUCAUCACCUUCGCCUACCUGGGUCGAGUCCACAUGUCCCUCUACACCAUCGGCUGCACCGCCUCCGCCGCCGCCACCCUGCAGAUCCCUCAGCUGCUCAAGAUGUGCAUGGACUUCCUGCUGGCUGAGCUCAACGUGCAGACCUGCGUCUACAUCUGGAACAUUGCCUCCGCCUACGGCCUGCAGCAGGUGUGCGAAGCCGCCCGCCGCUUCGUCUUGGAGAACUUUGUGCAGUUCGCCGACACGCCCCUCUUCACCCAGCUGACCCUGGAGCAGAUCUCCGCCUUCCUGCAGGAGGACUCGCUGCUGCUGCCGUCAGAGGUCACCGCCUUCCAGCUCGCCAUGAAGUGGCUCGACUUCGAUGACUCUCGCCAGGCUCACGCCGCAGAGCUCCUGUCUCACGUCCGCUUCGAGACGAUCCCGGCCAGCGAGCUGGUGAGUCAGAUCCAGCCGGUGCCCCGCAUGAUGACGGACCCGCACUGUCACCGCCUGAUGGUGGACGCCAUGAACUACCACCUGCUGCCCUACCAGCAGAACACCCUGCAGUCCAGACGCACUCAGGUCCGAGCCGGCCAGCAGACUCUGCUCACCGUCGGGGGGCGACCGUCACUCACCGAGCGAGCUCUCAGCAGGGAGGUGCUGUGGAGGGACCCUCGUGAGGGUGCAGCCGCCUGGCGUCACCUCACCCAGCUGCCGGCGAAAAGCUUCAACCAGUGCGUGGCGGUGAUGGACGGAUUCCUGUACGUGGCCGGAGGAGAGGACCAGAACGACGCCCGCAACCAGGCCAAGCACGCCGUCAGCACCCUCAGCAGAUACGACCCUCGCUUCAACACCUGGCUCCACCUGGCCAGCAUGCGCCAACGCCGCACCCACUUCUCUCUGGCGGCCAGUGGCGGCCGUCUGUUCGCUAUCGGAGGCCGCAACGUGGAAGGUCUGCUAGCCACCACCGAGAGCUACCUGCCCUCCUCCAACACCUGGCAGAUGCGCUCUCCCAUGGAGGUGCCCCGCUGCUGCCACUCCAGCGCCACCCUGCCCUCCGGAGACAUCCUGGUGACCGGCGGCUACAUCAACUGCGCCUACUCGCGCUCCGUGGCACGCUACAGGGUGGAGACCGACACGUGGAUUGAGUGCGCCUCUCUGGAGACGCCCCGCGGCUGGCACUGCUCCGCCACCCUCGGAGGGAAGGUGUACGUGGUGGGAGGAAGCCAGCUGGGGCCUGGCGGCGAGAGGGUGGAUGUGGUCUCCGUGGAGGUCUUCUCGCCGGAGAGCGGCACGUGGAGCCGAGCCGCCCCUCUGCGCCUCGGCGUGAGCACCGCCGGUUUGUCCCCGCUGAACGACAAGCUGUACCUGCUGGGAGGCUGGAACGAGGCGGAGAAGCGCUACAAGGCGGCCGUGCAGAAGUACGACCCUGCCACCGACAGCUGGGCCAUGGCUGAGGAUCUGCCCGAGCCCACGGUGGGAGUGUCCUGCUGCACCCUGACCCUACCGCCCCGCCACGCGCCGCGCCGCCAGCAGCACCGCAACACCCCCGCCCACGAGGAACAGCAGUCGAAGAACCGCAGCAGAGAGAGCAGCAUGGCGCCUUCACAGAGCAUCACAGCGUAGAGAGACAGAAACCUCUGGAGAGUUGAACCUCUGGAGAACAUCUGGGUCAUGUCCGCUCCUUUCGAUGUUUUUAUCUGAGUUCAUUCAUCUUUUUCAAACUGAAAUGUUUAAUUAUUCAAGCUGUAAGAAAAGAAUUCAUCCUAAAAAAAACAAACAAAUGAACAGAAUUAAGAUUCUUUGCUUUUUUACAUCAGAGUUGAAAUAUAAUUAAGAUUGAAGACAGUGAAUUUCAUUGGACGAAGCUGUCCCAUAUUUCAAAGAUUUACAGAUUUCACAUGAAACUUGAAUGGAUCUGGAAAGUGAUUAUGUGGUUUCUAAAAUGUCUGCUCAACCUAAGUUUAAUACGAUGACUGAAACAGCUAAAUUAAAAAUGAUUAAAGAGUAUGUUGGGCAGAGAACAGUUUCAAAAAAGAGAGUUAAUGUGGUCCAAAGUGGUCUCAGGAGGUUUUAAAUCGAUGGAACAACAAAGGUGGAAAAGGUGUGAACGGCUUGACUUGUAGCGUGGAGCAGGUGGAGGUAGAGAGGCGAUGGAUGGAGGAGGACGGAGGAUCUGUGCUGGAGCGGGUUUGGGUUGAACAAAAACAAAAUCACUGUGAAUCCACUGGCAGUUUGUGUACAAAGAUGUAUCUAUGCAGAGAGAGAGUGUGUGUGUGUGUGAGUGUGAGUGUGAGUGUGUGUGUGUGUGUGCGUGAUGGUGAGUGUGUGUGUGUGUGUGUGUGUGUGUGUGUGAGUGUGAGUGUGUGUGCGUGAUGGUGAGUGUGUGUGUGUGUGUGUGUGUAAGCCAGGAGUAAAUGAAAACGAGUCAGUUAUCAAACAUUAUCAACAGCUAAUAUUUCCAAAGGAUAGAAGCAGACUAGAAGCGAUAAACAAGACGUGUUUAUUGUUUUAAUUUAUUUAACCGAUGUCGAGUAGCGUCGCUCAAUUAAAAAAAAAAAAAAAAAAAAGUUUAAAAAAA